AUGGGGAAGAAAGCUUUUAUUCAGAACCUCAUCUCCAUGCCCUCCAGCCAGUGGAGGCAGCAGCAUCAGCUCUUUUCACUGUGUGGCCGUGCCCCCGGUGCUCAGGAUGGAAGCACACUGCAGUUCCAUAGAGACCGAUGGAGUCUACAGGUGAGGAAAAAUGGAGUCACAUCACCUCAGGAGUUUCCUUGUGCUCUCAGGAUCUGUUAUGAGACGAAACCAGCAGGAGGUUCAGUGCGGUGGACCAAAGAUCAGGACAACAGGGUGUGUGUUUACACCGCCGGUUCUCCCAUCAACAACCGAGCCCUCUUCCCCUGCCAGGAGCCGCCUGUUGCCAUGUCAACAUGGCAGGCAACAGUACGGGCCCCCAGUGAGUGCGUGGUUUUGAUGAGUGGGGAGGAGCAGGCAGUACCUGCUGAAGACGGGGACACACUUUGA